AUGGAGCUGGAGCGGUCGGCGCCCGGCGAGGUGUGCAUGAGCCAGGCCAUCCAGCCCACGCACGCCAACCUCCGCGGAGAGCUGAGCGCCGCUCAGCUGCUCAAGUGGAUCGAUGCUACCGCCUGCCUGGCGGCUGAAAAACAUGCUGGGGUUUCCUGUGUUACAGCCUCAGUGGAUGACAUACAAUUUGAGGAGACAGCUAGAGUUGGACAAGUUAUAACCAUCAAAGCAAAAGUUACUAGAGCGUUCAGCACAAGCAUGGAGAUCAGCAUCAAGGUCACAGUACAGGACAUGUUCACUGGCAUUGAGAAACUUGUUAGUGUGGCUUUUUCUACGUUUGUAGCCAAACCAGUUGGAAAAGAAAAGAUUCAUUUAAAACCAGUCACACUUCUAACUGAACAAGAUCAUGUGGAACAUAAUCUGGCUUCUGAGAGAAGGAAAGUUCGAUUACAACAUGAAGAUACUUUUAAAAACUUGAUGAAGGAAAGUGGCAAGUUUGAUGAUCCCACUUGUGAUGAAGAAGAAGGAACGGUUUCCACGAUGGGCACCUCUGUGCAGAGCAUUGAACUUGUCCUCCCACCCCAUGCAAACCAUCAUGGAAAUACAUUUGGUGGCCAGAUCAUGGCUUGGAUGGAGACGGUGGCUACUAUUUCUGCAAGCCGCCUGUGUCGAGCGCAUCCCCUUCUGAAGUCCGUGGACAUGUUUAAGUUCCGGGGACCAUCUACAGUUGGAGAUCGUCUUGUCUUCAAUGCCAUUGUCAACAAUACAUUUCAGACCUGUGUCGAAGUGGGAGUACGCGUGGAGGCCUUUGACUGCCAGGAGUGGUCUGGGGGCCAGGGCCGUCAUAUCAACAGUGCUUUUCUCAUUUAUAAUGCUGUCAAUGAUAAGGAAGAACUGAUCACAUUUCCCAGAAUCAAACCGAUGUCAAAGGAUGAUUUUAGACGGUAUCGUGGAGCUCUUGCACGCAAGAGAAUUCGCCUAGGCAGAAAAUACAUUAUUUCCCACAAAGGAGAGGUUCCACUUUGCAUACACUGGGAUACUGGCAACCAGGUAUCCUUGAGUAAUGGCAAUGUGGAGGCUCUCAAAAGCCUGGCGGCCAAAAGUGGUUGGGAGGUUACCAGUGCUGUGGAAAAGAUAAAAAUAUAUACUCUGGAAGAGCACAGUAUUUUAUCUGUUUGUGUUGAAAAGCAUGUGGAAAGACCAGCACACUUGGCUUAUCAUCUCUUGUCCGACUUUACCAAGCGACCUUUGUGGGACCCCCAUUACAUGUCCUGUGAAGUCAUAGACUGGGUAAGUGAAGAUGAUCAGAUAUAUUAUAUCACUUGUCCUGUGGUGAAUGAUGACAAACCCAAAGACUUGGUAGUACUUGUUUCACGAAGAAGGCCUCUCAAAGAUGGUCACACUUACACGGUGGCAGUGAGGUCAAUUAUUCUGCCAUCAGUCCCACCUUCUCCACAGUACGUCAGAAGUGAGAUCAUAAGUGCCGGAUUUCUCAUCCGUGCUAUUGACAGCAGUUCAUGUACCGUAUCUUACUUUAACCAGAUUUCUGCUAGCACCCUUCCUUACUUUGCUGGAAAUCUUGGUGGCUGGUCAAAAUCCAUUGAAGAGACAGCAGCCUCCUGUAUACAAUUCAUAGAGAACACUACUGAUGAUGGGUUGAUAAGCAUAUUUUAA